GAAGCUGAUAUUGACUGCCAUUGGACGACUGUUAGGCGCGUUAUGGGGUCGAAAGACUACCAUAAAUGCGUCGCAUGUCGUAAAACGUGGAUUUCGCGAGAUCUAGAAAAAAAACGAGUCCAAUGGUGCCAGAGGAUGCUCCACGACUAUCCCACAGUUCCUGACUGGCAGAGAGUCAGAUCCUCCGACGAAGUACACUUCUCACUAGGGCCUCAGGGCAAGCUCCUUAUCAUUAGGCACCGAGGGGAGCGAUACUGUAGGAAAUGUAUCCAAGAAGUUGGCGAACAGUUCGAUACUGAUAUGAGACGGGUACAUGGCUGGGGGGCCGCAGGGAACGACUUCAAAAGCGAGCUCGUAACGUAUGAUGUUCCUUCUAACUCAAACGGGAAGAUGACGCAACGGGUCUACGUCGACGCGAUCCUAGAACCGCAUAUAAAACCUUGGAUACAGCGCGGUGACAUCUUCGUUUUAGAAGAGGACCAAGACUCUAGUCAUGGCCCACCAUGGUCAUCGAAAAAGGAGAACAUCGUACAGAAAUGGAAGCGCCAAAAUGGGCUACAUUCGUACUUCAAUUGCGCAGGAUCUCCGGAUCUCGCGAUCAUCGAAGACUGUUGGCAGCCUACCAAACAGUACAUACGUAAGUUCGCCCAUUGGGAGCCCGAUGAGACACAGCAGCUCGCUACAUACAAAUUUGUAUUGUGUUUUAUGGUCCCAGGCCUGCGGCCUGUUCCCUUGGUUGUGGCUGAAGACGUGGCUGGUGGAUUAUAUCAGAGAAGCAAACAAACAUGGUAA